CUCCCCCGGCACCUGCGACAGGUGGAGCGCGCGGCCUCCGGCACUCGGCCAUGUCCGCGGUGUCCGCGGAUGUCUCCGGGACCGAGUCCGGGUCGGAGUCCGGACCGGAGUCCGGGUCGGAGCCCGGGCCGAAGCCGGGGCCGGAGCCCGGACCGAAGCCGGGGCCGGAGCCCGGACCGAAACCGGGGCCGGGACCCGAACAGAGGAGGGAACUGAGGCAGGGGUCCGAGCCAAGCCAGUUGUGCCCCGAGCACUGCGAGCCUCUGAGCUGGUUCUGUCUCUCGGAGCGACGGCCGGUAUGCGCCACCUGCGCCGGGUUUGGCGGUCGCUGUCACCGGCACCGCAUCCGCCGGGCGGAGGAGCACGCCGAGGAGUUGAGAAACAAGAUUGUGGACCAGUGUGAGAGGCUGCAGUUACAGAGUGCUGGCAUCACCAAGUAUAUGGCCGAGGUCCUGCAGGGGAAGAACCAGAAAGCAGUGAUCACGGCUAGUGCAUCGAGGGACCUGGUCAUCCAGAGGUUGAGUUUGGUGAGGAACCUGUGUGAGAGUGAGGAACAGCGAUUACUGGAACAGGUACACGGCGAAGAGGAGCGAGCCCACCAGAGUAUCCUGACUCAGCGGGCACACUGGGCUGACGCACUCCAGAAGCUGGACACCCUCCGCACCAGCAUGGUGGACAUGCUCACCCACCUGAAUGACCUCCAGCUGAUACAGAAGGAGCAGGAGAUUUUUGAGAGGGCCGAAGAAGCAGAGGGCAUUUUGGAGCCCCAGGAUUCGGAGAAAUUAAGCUUUAACGACAAGUGUGCUUGGAGCCCACUACUGACUCAACUGUGGGCAACAUCGGUUAUCUGGUCUCUCUCAGGCAUGGAGGAGGUGCUCAUCGAUGAAAGGACUGUCAGCCCCUUAUUGCAUCUGUCUGAAGACCGAAGGACUCUGACCUUCACUGCCAAGAAGUCCAAGGCCUGCACAGAUGACCCAGAACGCUUUGACCACUGGCCCAACGCCCUGGCUGCCACUGCCUUCCAGACUGGGCUCCACGCCUGGAUAGUGAACGUUAAACACAGUUGUGCUUAUAAAGUGGGUGUGGCCUCGGCUCAGCUGCCCCGAAAGGGUUCUGGCAAUGACUGCCGCCUGGGCCACAAUGCCUUCUCCUGGGUCUUCUCCCGCUACGACCGAGAAUUCUGUUUCUCACACAAUGGGCAGCAUGAGCCUCUGGCACUACUCCGGUGCCCAGCCCAGCUCGGCAUACUGCUGGACCUGCAGGCAGGAGAGCUGGUCUUCUACGAUCCUGCCUCAGGGACAGUGCUUCACAUCCACCGCGAGGCCUUCCCUCAGAGGCUCCACCCAGUCUUCGCUGUGGCUGACCAGGUCAUCUCCAUCGCUCACGGACCUCUGGCCGCAGCGAGACCAGAUCCACCUCCCCACCACCCUUGCAGGUCAGGCCAUGCUUCUCGCUAGUGUCCUUUUCCUGAUGUGAGCCGUGCUCCCCAUGGGCAGCUUCUGGAGAGAUGGGGAUCUGGUUCAGCCUCAGACAUAACCUUUUGAUGUUGGUCAUCUGUGGGGAUCCUGGUUCUUUUCUCUUGGCCUUAGUCUUCCAAACCCACCAUGCUUGCACCCUUCCAAGGGUCUCAUUAACCUGUACCUCUGGCCUCCAGCAUGGUGGCUUGUGUGCGGCUAGUAUAGGACAAGGUACAGUGAGGGGGAAGUGGCUGAGCAGGCAGGUGACUGGUGGCGUAGCAGUUUCUGGAGAAGGACUGCAGUCCCUCAAAGUGCCUUGCUGCAGAGCAGCGUGUACUGAACCUUCCCUAGCCUCUCAGUUCAGUAUUUCUUGGUCUUUUCACGAUACACCACGUGAAGAGAGUAUAUUUUUAGCAGACAAAGGACAACCUGCCAGGCUACUGUUGGCCAGCAGACUGUGGUGGGAGUGUGGUGCCCUCCUCCCACAUUCUGUCGAGGCGCCAGUGUCCCAUCUCCAGCACCCCUG